AUGUGCCAUCUAAUCUUGUGGACACCACAUGCUCAGUGGUCACCAAACCACUUAAAGCUGGUCACUGUCUACAUGUUGGUGCUCUUGGUAUCACUCAGCUUUGCUUCAGGACAGAGCAGGCCAUUGAAACAUCAGAUAGACAACAGAAGUCCUGAGAUUGAUCCUUUUUGGUAUGUGGGCCGUGGUGUUCGGCCCAUUGGUCGGUUUGGGAAGAGACAGCUGAGAAGCAGCCGUGGCAGACACCUGGAUUUCAUCCUGAAUGCUUUGUGGGAGCAAAAUGUGUUGGGCACAGAAGACAAUGACUGGUGA